AUGGCCCAAUCUGCUCACAAGGUGGUGAUCUGUGGCGCGGGGUUCCUUGGAGGAUACAUCGCAACCGCCAUUAGCGGAGGUAAUCUAGCAUCGAACACGUUUCGCCGGAUUCAACUCGCUUCGCGCAAUCCAGAGGGAGCGUACUCUCAGCUUGCAAAAACCAUUCCAAAAGAUCACCUUCUUCCGCCCAUUGACGUCGAUGUCACGAAACCAGAAACCCUACAACUGGCAUUUCAAGACGCUUACGCCGUAGUCUCCCUGGUCGGCGUGCUGCAGGGGUCGCCAGAACAGUUUGAGAAGAUUCAGUGGAGAGGAGCGGAAAAUGUGGCGGCGGCGGCAAAGCAGGCGGGGGCGAGGUUGGUCCAUUUUAGUGCGAUAGGGGCAGAUGCGCAGAGCAAGCUUCCGUAUGCGAGGACGAAGGCGUUGGGAGAACAGGCUGCUUUUCGCCAUUGUCCUGAUGCUACUGCUAUUCGUCCGAGUAUCGUUUUUGGCCCCGGCGAUGGUUUCUUCGCGCGAUUCACUAAACUGUCGAAGAUCUUGCCUUUCAUGCCCACAUUCGGAGGCGGCACUUCGAAGUUCCAGCCCGUCUACGUCGGCGAUAUAGCGAAAUUGGUGGAGAUUAUCACUCGAGACGAUCCUGCAAUUCUUAAGCAAGUAAAGGGCAAGGUCAUCGAGGCAGGAGGACCAGACGUGAUCACCUACCGGCAAGUCAUGGAACUAGUCCUUCGGUAUGGCAAUCGCACACGGCCGAUUCUCUCUCUUCCCUGGGCCAUCGGGUCAAUUCAAGGAGCCCUACUGGAGCAGUUUCCACCGAAUCUUUUCACCAUCACUCGUGACCAGGUCGAACAGCUAAAGGACGACAACGUCGUAACGUCUAAUCCUACGCCGAACCAUGUCUCCUUCGAGAGCAUCUUGAAAGGCCGAAAUCUCGCGCUGACAUCGGUUCACGAGAUACUGCCAACAUACCUGCCCUACAUCUGA